CUCUCACAGGCCAGCCAUGUCCAGCCCGGGGCUCCUGCUCCUGCUCCUGCUGCUGGCACCACUGCCACUGCAGCCCUCCUUGCUGCCACCGCCAGACACCCCAGAGGGCAAGGCCGCCAUCACGGGCCUCAUCCUCUCUGCACUGGAGAGAGCCACGUCCUUCCUGAAGAAGAGGCUGCCUGAAAUCAACCUGGAUGGCGUGGUGGGGUUCAGGGUGCUGGAAGUGCAGCUAAAAGCCGUUCAGGAGAAAUGGGCCCAGGAUCCCCAGCUGCAGCCACUCAGCCUGCAUGCAGGGAAGCUGGUGGAAAAGCUUGGUCCUCUCCUCCACAGAUCCAUCUUCCACCUCCAGCUGAGUGAUCCCAAGUACCUAAGAGAGUUCCAGCCGACUAUCGAGUCCGGAUUUUGGAAGCUCCCACAUGCCUGGACCCGCACCAAUGCCUCCAUGGUCUACCCCACGUUCGAGCCACAGGACUCCUUCUCAGAGGAACGCAGUGACUUGUGCCUGGUGCAGCUGCUUGGAACCAGGGCAGAUGGCAGCCAGCCCUGCAGGCUGUCAGAUUUCUGCAGGACCCUCAUGACCAGGCCCGGCUGCUCUGGCUACUGCCUGUCCCACCAGCUGCUCUUCUUCCUCGUGGCCAGAAUGAGAGGAUGCACGAAGGGGCUGUUCCGCCAGAGCCAGCGCUACAUGAACCUCUUCUGCGCCAACAUGAUGGACCUGAACCGGAGGGCUGAGACCAUCGGAUAUGCCUACCAGACUCGGGACCUCUUCAUGGAAAACAUCAUGCUCUGUGGCAUUGGCGGCUUCUCUGACUUCUACAAGCUCCGGUGGCUAGAGGCCAUUCUCAGCUGGCAGAAGCUGCAGGAAGGAUGCUUCGGGAGGCCCUCUGCUGAAGAUGAAGAAUUACCUAAAGCCAUUCAUUACCAACAUCAUUUUUUGAGAAGAGUGAAGAGGCGAGAUAAACAAUUUACAGUCAAGGUCUGAUCAGGAAAACAGCACCAGGAACUUCAGCAGAGAGAACUGAAUAUAGGGAACUCAUCUCAGAAGUGCUGCAAGAGAUGAAAACAGAAAAGGUGAGAAAACACAGAGAUUAACCAUGGCAGGAAGCCACCAUCCUCCCUGGAGGCAGAGCUGGAGGGACAGUGGAGGAGAUGGGGUGAGCAAAGCCAGUAGUGGCUGGAUGAGGAGACAGAGAGGGGCAGGGGGAGGAAUACCCUAGCUUCUCCCCUCACCCAACUUGUGCCUACUGGUGGUCAGCAAGGCAGUCUGGGAAAUGUAGUUUGGAAGGGUUGGUGCACUGGGGUUUGGCGCAAAGGGAAGAAAGGGGAUCUUUGGGUCAGUGGGCAAGUGACCAGCACAGUCCUGGUGGCCACAUGUCCAGCUUAUCCCUGUUGUCCUGAAGCCAUUACGAAUAGCGCCCUCUUCCCUUCCAAACAUGUCCAGGUUGAGAUGAUUAGUUACAUGGUCAGCCCACUAAUAUAGAGAAACUGAGAAUAGGCUGUAGCUACAUUGGGAAGGGAAGAAAGGCAAGACAUGAUACAGAAGGAAGGGAUGGAGAGAGGGAGGAAGGGAGAGAGGAAGAGAGAAGGGAAGGAAGAUGAUUUCAAUUUUUUUUUACUAAUAAAAAUAUAAAUAGCUACAAGGCAAAAGCAGGAAGGGAGGUAGGCUAGCCAGCUCAGAGCAGAUGUCCAGCAUACACUGGGGUAUCAUUCCAGCAACUAAACGUCUUGCCAUCAACCCCACCACAGCCUCAUCAUCUACCUGCAGGUGAUGAGAGAGGAGAGUGAAAUUACAAUUCUGAUGGGUCCACUUUGUAGCUGCCAACAAAGGUUGGGCAGGGGAAGGGAGGUGAGUUCUCAGGAGACCUCCAGAGGCACCUUGUCCUGGCAAGGUCUGCCCAACCUAGGAACUGGGGCUAUCUACGGCCGGCAGUAGGGGGCCUGCGUGCACACUCUGGAGAGCAGGCUGAUCCCUGGAGACUGACAGCUGGACACUAGGACCAUCCUGAGGGCUGGAGAGGGAGCUGCAGAAAUCCCAAAGCCCAAGGUCCU